GCCGCUUGUUUUGUGCUUAUCAGUAAAAACCCGUGCUUCUCGUGAAGUUUCGAGGAACAAGCAGACGUGGCGAAGGGUGGUGGAGAGAGUAGCAUACAGGAUAGGGGAGGUGGUCUUGCUAAGUAAUGGUGUGUCAUGAGGCGGGAGGAGGCAGGCCAUUCACCCCCUGCCCCACAUACCUCACCUCCCUCACACCUCUCCUCUAUGCCCACAGCCACCCCAGCAUGUUGUGUGCCAAAUGGGCCCAAAGAUCAGAAUUACUCAUCAUUCCAGAGUUAUACAAGUCCCAUGACAUCAUCGAUGGCCGCGGCAGCUGCUGCACCUGACCCGUAUAUGUCCUCUUAUUACAUGACCUCCACCCCUUACCAGGCAUUUGGAGUUGGUGAUGGCACUUGGAGCAAUGGAGGUGACCAUAUGCAAACUUUUCUCGGAGGAUAUGGUGGACAAAUGGGAUAUGACUCACACAGUGCUAUUGAUGGCAUGUUUGGUAGCGGCAGUUUUGGUGGAUUCAACCCUCCCGGCUUUAACUAUGGAUUUCAUGGGAAUGGUGACUACAGCGCUUGGGGAGGAUCUGAUGUACGAGGGGGAAACAAGCCUUAUGAUGACUACUACCAGCGGGACACCCUCUAUGCUGAUGACCGUGUGAAAGCUCUUGACCAGGGUGUUCAAGGACUUGCUAUUACUGAUCCCAAGACUGGUCAAGACCUCCCUAGAGAGGCUGGAUCAGGAAUUGGAAAAAAUGGGGCUACCAAUGGAAACUCUGGAGUUGAGGUUAAAUCUAAUGGAGGGAGUAGUCCUGGUGGGGAUGCAUCAGUUGGCCUGGGUCAAACUAAAAAGGGUAUGUCCUGGGCUAGCAUUGCAUCUCAGCCAGCUAAGCCCCAGCCAAAGGGACGCCGUGAUAAAACAUCCAUGUCUUCUAUUGUGCCUGGUCGCCAUAUGGACAUUGGGACAUGGGAGGGCAAGAAUGGAAGUGGACCAAAGCCAGUUGCUCCACCACCAGUGCCACGGCCAGCCUGGGAGGCUCCAAGGGGAGGGUCUCGUUCCACCACCUCCACAUCAUACUCUACACCACCACCCCGAACCCCACCCCAGGUGCCUCCUCCCCAGCAGGUACAGCAACCAGGACCACAGCAGCAGGGUGUUCCACAACAGGAGAAUCCUUCAAUGCAGACAAUACAGACAUCUCCCCAGCAGCACCAGCAGAACCCACACCAGCAGCAUAUCCAUCAACAGCAUGUGCAUCAGCAGCACUUGCACCAGCAGCAGCAGCAGCAUCCUCAGUUGCAGCAGCAGCUGCCAUCACCACCCCAGCAGCAACAGCAGCAGCAGCAACAGCAGCAGCAGCAGCAACAACAGCAGCAGCAACAGCAGCAGAACCCUCCACCCCCAUUACUUCAGAGUGGGGCCAUGCAUGCUCCUAUGGAGCUGCCACCCUCUCCCCAGAGUGGCCCCCCAGUGCCAGUGUCACAGCGCCCUCCCCUGGCCCAUGUUCCAGGUCAGAUCCCACAAGAGCUGCAGCCAGAUAACCCAACUCUUGAGGGACUUCGUAUGCGUAAUGACUACAACCCAAAGGACUUUGACCUUAAUGCUAAAAAUUCCCGUUUCUUUGUGAUUAAGUCAUAUUCUGAGGAUGACAUUCAUCGUUCUAUCAAAUAUGAAAUUUGGUGCUCAACAGAACAUGGUAAUAAGCGGUUAGAUGCUGCAUUCCGUGAACGAGAAGGCAAGGGUCCUGUGUACCUUUUCUUCUCAGUUAAUGGAUCGGGGCAUUUUUGUGGUUUGGCUCAGAUGACUUCAAUAGUGGACUACAAUUCAUCAUCAUCAGUGUGGGCUCAAGAUAAAUGGAAAGGACAGUUUCGUGUCAAGUGGAUUUAUGUAAAGGAUGUUCCUAACAAUCAACUGCGCCAUAUAAGACUGGAGAACAAUGAAAACAAGCCUGUCACCAACUCACGUGACACACAGGAGGUACCCUAUGAGAAGGGCAAACAGGUGCUGAAGAUUAUCAACCAAUAUCGUCACACUACAUCCAUAUUUGAUGACUUUUCUCAUUAUGAGAAGCGUCAGGAAGAGACAGAAACCCGUAGGCAUCCAGGAAAUUCAUAUAAGGAAAUGGAUCGGGAUGACCGCAGAGGCGAUCACCGUGAUCACCGAGACCACCCAAGAGACCAUCGUGAUCAUCGGGACAGCCGAGACCACUAUCAUCGUGAUCAUAGGGAUCAGCGUGACCAUCGUGACCACCACCGUGGGGGAAUGGGUGGUGGCAGGGGCCGAGGAGGGCACCAUCACCCUCACCACCGUGGUGGAAUGCGUAAUUAAGUAGAAAAAGCUGGUCCAAAGUGAAUACCAAUUCCUCCUUGGGGUAGAGUUUGUCAGACUAUAAUCUAAAGCACAUUAUUGUGGUGGAUGAACUUCACUAGAAAUUCCACAAUACAUAUGGACCAUUGGCUCAUUUGAAAGACAAGUAGGGCAGUCUUACUGGAAAGUUCUGUUUUAAAGAGACUAAGCUGACAUGUGUUAAACAGUGAAUGGGCUGCUGUUCUGGAUCCUACGAACUAAGUGACUGCUUGGUGGAUAAUGGACCAAAGAGGCUUGGUAGCAUCCACCUCAAGCCUCAUGGAAACUAGUGGUUAUGGUGUAAUCAGAAACCGUAAUGCUUUAUACAACACAUAAUUUGCCCUACUGUCCAGCCAAUAGUACUGCUCUGCAAUUGUGAGAAGUGUAGCAGUGCACUGAAACACUGUUUUCGUCCACUGAUCAAGUUUAGACAGGCACCCAUUAGCACCAAACUACACCAGCCUGUUUGUCAGCUUCAGUGAUAUCACAAAAUGAUGAUCCUUGUCACGAAAGAUUUGUUUUCCAGAAGAACACUUGGCAUCAAGAACUGCAAAGAACAUGCCAUCGUCAUUGUUAUCCUUUUGUUUUUCACUGUUGUGGUUAGGGGAAAGGAACACAAUCUAUAAAUAUAUAAAUAUAUAUAUUUAAUCUAAUUCUCCUAUAAACGUACAACUGCAACUUAAUUUGGAGGGCCUGAUGACUGACAGACCCACAUGGGGGACCUGAGAGCUACCAAGCAAAAUACAAAAAUUGGGGCCUCCAACAGCCUCAUUCAGUCAUGUAACAAUUGAACAACAAUAAUUUCUGCCUGUGAUUGGAUACUAUAAAAGUGUUAUUUUUAUUCACCCAUUUACAGAGAAGUUGGAAAGUGUACAGUGAAAGUAGUGUGUGUGAUGAUGUUCUUCAAGACAUGGGCUUGGAAAACCAAUUUGUGAAGAGGACAGGCAAUGGACUACUUUUGAAGAUUAGUAUCAUUGGCAUGGGGCUUUAGAGGAAAGUGAUGGAAAAAGUGAAAAGUACUUUGGUGUUUAUUUCUUAGUGCCUGAGAGUAUGGUAUUGUGUAGUUUAAAAGUGAUAUUGUAAAUGAUAUUGAAUAUAGUAAAACCUUGAACCACCUCAGACUCAACUUGGUUUGUCUCAGCAGUGCCUCAAUUAACUGAAAUAACUGUAGUUGUUAGUGUUCACAUUUACUAUCAUCUAAUAAAUAAAGUAAACAGUGUUAUGGUUCAAUGGAAUCAUUUCUUCAAAUGAACUUGCUUCAAACCAAUCAUAUAAUGUGAAUGGUGUAAAUUAAGAAAAGCAACUAUAGUGACCUUGUUAUCAUGAAAGUGUUUAGUAGUGUUAAUCAAGAACAUGAACUAUGACAGGCCAAUGAUAUUCUUAUGGUUAUAAAACAGUUAGAAUGAAGUUCAAAAGUUGGUAAAUGCUUGAUGCUGUUGUGAAGGUCACUUUUGCUUGGAAUGCUGGCAUGCAUCAAGACCACCUACCAUUGUGUCUCUUGACCUUGACCUUGCUGUGCUCAGUCCAGAGAAGCUGUAAGCACCACUUUAGCUAUGGUCUGGCUCUGUUUGGCUGCCUCUUGAUUGUCAGGGAUGUGUCAGGGAUUUAGCUUUAGAGGGAACAGCUUGCAGAGCAGAUAUACCAUUUACAUAAUAUCUCUGUCCAUGCAAUAGUGGCACUUACAGUUUAUAUGGUUUGGGCACAUAUGGCUAUUCUUGCCUUAUUUUUUUUAAGUUGACACUUACGAAUAAUUUUAAAAGUUAUGGCAAUUUUGGCCACUUGUUUUGUGUAUGUUAUUUACUGUAGCAUGGUGUUUAACCUAAAUGAUCACAUCAAAAAAUUUUAUUAAUUGAAGUAUGCCUGGAAGUCUAAAUGAUCUUACCCUCCUAGCAGUAUUUUUGAUGAAUAAAUGAUCAGUAGACUGCCAUAGACUUCCAUAUCACAUUUUCUUCUAUCUCUCGGACAUAUGAUAUAUGCAUCGUAUGAUGUGUGAAUUUGAGCUUUCCGAUUAGUAAUUUACAUUGGAAGUCUGAUGCACGUCUCUUUGGGAAGAAUGUUUUAAGUAGCAGGUGAAAACUGUUACUAUCAUCUGGGGAACUCCACCAUGCUGCAAAAUAUUUUUCUGACUAUUAUAUAUUAGCUGAACACAUUUUUAGAUUUCAAAGAGAAGUGGUUGUAAUGAUGCAUGUGGUGUAGAGUAGCUCCCAAGAUGGUGGUAGCUGGCCCUGCUAGUGUGUGGUUUUCUCCUACUCUUUGUCCAUAUAACCAGUAGCUUUACUGUGGGUGCCUGUGCGUGGGUUUUAUUGGUAUUUUAUGUAUUACCAUCAUUAAAACUGAGAACUUCUCAGCAA